UCAGUUCAAUCACACACUUGUAACGAUAUUGAAGCACUAGCAAACGCUCCAAAUUAUCGUAAUAUUUUUUAGAUAUGGAUAAUUUCAAUGUACCCAAAAAAGUGAAUCGUAAUGUUCUCAAGGCUCUCGGCAUCCUCCAAUCCUCUGGUACCCAUUACGUCGACGUUAAUGACAUAACUCGCCAGGUAAAGGCCCAAAUGCGAAACUACAAUCCGGUCGCCAACAUGGAGGAAGCCAUCCUGGAGUCUUUGUGCAACCUGACUAAUCUGGGCAUAGUGAAGCGGAACAGCUCGUCGAAGUAUGCGAUUUGCAGUCCUAUUUUCGGCCGUGUGGGAAGGGCCCUGCCCAAUCGCAUUAUAAAAGUGCCGGGCGUUCCUGGAACACCACUGCGACGCACUGAGCGUGAGGCUCGUCCCAAGCGCGUCCUCGGAAACUUAAAUCCACGGAAGCCGGCCACCAGGGUCCUAACUGAGGAAUCUCUAUCUGGGAAUGAGAUGGACAAGGCGCGUAAGAGGAUUCGCAGCAACAACAAGCGCAUUGUAAAAAACAAAGGAACUACCUUACGCAAUCAAAGACCAAAACUGUCCGUGAAGAAUGAUGUAGGCAUACGUUCGUCGAGCGCAUCAACGCAUACACAACCAACUAUCGGUUCCAUGGGUUGGAGCCAUCGUACUCUGAACACAGUUAUCUUGCCAUCGUGUUGUACAAAACGGCGAUUUCCCCAAAACUUAAUGGAUGUCGUUUGUGAAGACUGCCGCCAUGGGGUUUCUCUAUUACACGGGUCCCGCAACAGCAACACGGCGGUAAAUAACACAAUGGAUGUAGAUGUGCAUGGGAUGGGGUCAACUAAUUGCGCCGAUCCUGUCGGAUUGAAUGUCAGGCCUGCCGGGUAUACCUCCGGAGGGGAAUCUGAUGUCGAAAACGCUUCCGCGAUUGGACUAUGCGGUAGUCCUUUGUGCUUGAAAGCGGAACAGGUUGUUGUCGGCAAGAAUCCUACGAUUGAUGCGGCUUCAUCGCAAGGUUCAGUUUGCCAAAAAGAUCAUUCUCAAGAGGUGGUAAACCCCACAUCGGAAUCUCCAGAAUCAGAAUAUUUAUUGCCUCAAGAAGUCGCUAUAUCUCUAGAGUCAAACGCCUCUAUCAGUCAAGAAGCAAAAACGGCAGUAUCCCAGGACUUGCAAAAUUCAAAAUCUCGAGAAGAACUCAUAAUAUCUCAGCAACCACAAAAGGCAUUAUCUGAAGAGGCGUUUAACUCGGAAGUGAAAGGAUCAACUUCCCACGAAAUUCAGUCUUCAACUUUACUAGAGGCCAACAGUUCAGAAUCUUCCAAUGUCCAGGUACCUAUGUCCAUAUAUAAUGAAGAGCCAUCGGAAUUUGACUUUUAUGAAUGAUUUCAAAAUUAAAAAAACUUAUCGAGUACCCGCGUCGACAUCGACAUAUCGAUAGUUGGCUUGCGUGGUUAUUAUCUAAGAUCUGA